UACACCUGUCCUUCACAUGUCCUUCACAUGUCCCUCACCUGUCCCUCAUCUGUCCUUCAUCUGUCCCUCACCUGGAUACACCUGUCCUUCACAUGUCCCUCACCUGUCCUUCAUCUGUCCCUCACCUGGAUACACCUGUCCUUCACAUGUCCUUCACAUGUCCCUCACCUGUCCUUCAUCUGUCCCUCACCUGGAUACACCUGUCCUUCACAUGUCCUUCACAUGUCCCUCACCUGUCCUUCAUCUGUCCCUCACCUGGAUACACCUGUCCUUCACAUGUCCUUCACAUGUCCCUCACCUGUCCUUCAUCUGUCCCUCACCUGGAUACACCUGUCCUUCACAUGUCCUUCACAUGUCCCUCACCUGUCCCUCAUCUGUCCUUCAUCUGUCCUCACCUGGAUACACCUGUCCUUCACAUGUCCCUCACCUGUCCUCAUCUGUCCUUCAUCUGUCCCUCACCUGGAUACACCUGUCCUUCACAUGUCCUUCACAUGUCCCUCACCUGUCCCUCAUCUGUCCUUCAUCUGUCCCUCACCUGGAUACACCUGUCCUUCACAUGUCCUUCACAUGUCCCUCACCUGUCCCUCAUCUGUCCUUCAUCUGUCCUCACCUGGAUACACCUGUCCUUCACAUGUCCCUCACCUGUCCUCAUCUGUCCUUCAUCUGUCCCUCACCUGGAUACACCUGUCCUUCACAUGUCCUUCACAUGUCCCUCACCUGUCCUCAUCUGUCCCUAUAUCUCAGCUUGUAGGUCACCUGAUCCCAGA